AUGGCAAAUGAUGAUUGGUGGGAGCGAAAAACUAAGGAGAAUGCAAAAUAUAAGAAAUUUAGGAACAAAGAUCUUUCACUCAUAUGGUUUCGCUACGAUGCACUGUUUGCUUAUGUUGUUGCCACAGGAGAAAGAGCACGUGCAGCAAAUCAAGAACAAUCAUCGGGCAUUGGACUUAAUCUUGAUGAAGAAGGAAUAAAUGUCAUUGAUGAUUGUGACAAAGAACACUUUACUCAUCUUAAUGAUGAAAUGAGCGAUGAAAGUGAUGAUCUACAGAAUAUAAAUUCUGUUAUGUUUCCAGAGUCAUCACUAAAAAGACAAAAAUCAACUGAUGGUGUUAGCACUAGUAGUCAAGUAAGAAAAGAACAGCUGCAACGUUAA